CGCCCCAAGGAGAAUGUGGCUGGAGUUAAAUUGGCCUUGGAACUGGUGGGUAUUGACUGUGCUGUGCUGCUGAGAGCUCAGGAGCGAAGGUGGGGGUGUUUAAUAUGUUUCUGGAUCUUUCUCAUCGCUGCCGGGGCUGCACUGGUGAGACGUUCUUCAAAACUCUGUUCCCCAGCAAAGCCAGGCAGAUGUUGCGGGUGGGACCUUCACAGGACUGAUCUGGUCACUGCUCCUGCCUGGAAAGGGGGUGAAGCUCGGCAGAUGGACAUUACCAGCCAUGGCUUUCCUCCCUGGAAACUCCUCCGAGUGCUCCAACUGCACCCACUCCUCGGAGCCCGUGAACAUUUCCAAAGCUAUCCUGCUGGGUGUUAUUCUAGGGGGGCUGAUAGUUUUUGGGGUUUUGGGCAAUAUCCUGGUUAUCCUGUCCGUGGCCUGCCACAGGCACCUCCAGAGUGUCACCCACUACUACAUCAUCAACCUGGCCGUAGCCGACCUCCUGCUGACCUCCACCGUGCUGCCCUUCUCGGCCACCAUGGAGAUUUUGGGCUACUGGGCCUUCGGGAGGAUCUUCUGCAACAUCUGGGCGGCCGUGGACGUGCUCUGCUGYACCGCUUCCAUCAUGAGCCUGUGCAUCAUCUCCAUCGACCGCUACAUCGGCGUCAGCUACCCGCUGCGCUACCCCAGCAUCGUGACCGAGAGGAGGGGCCUGCUGGCCCUGCUGUGCGUCUGGGCGCUGUCCCUGGUCAUCUCCAUCGGGCCCCUCUUCGGCUGGAAGGAGCCGGCCCCCGAGGACGAGACCAUCUGCCAGAUCACCGAGGAGCCGGGCUACGUGCUGUUCUCGGCGCUGGGCUCCUUCUACCUGCCCCUGGCCAUCAUCCUGGUCAUGUACUGCCGCGUCUACGUGGUGGCCAAGCGCGAGAGCAAAGGGCUCAGCUCGGGGCUCAAAACCGAGAGGUCGCAUUCCGAGGAGGUGACGCUGCGCAUCCACCGCAAGAACGCGCCCGGCGCCGGCGGCUCCGCGCCCAGCGCCAAGAGCAAGCACCACUUCUCCGUGCGCCUGCUCAAGUUCUCCAGGGAGAAGAAAGCUGCCAAGACCCUGGGGAUCGUCGUGGGAUGCUUCGUUCUCUGCUGGCUCCCRUUUUUUGUGGUGAUGCCGCUGGGCUCUUUCUUUCCUGCGAUCAAGCCCCCGGACACACUUUUUAAAAUAACAUUUUGGCUGGGAUAUUUAAACAGCUGCAUCAACCCCAUCAUCUAUCCCUGCUCCAGUCAAGAGUUCAAGCGAGCGUUCCAGAACGUCCUGCGAGCUCAGUGCCUCCCGCGCAAGCAGCCGGCCAAGAAACAAACCCCGAGCUUCAACCUCAACCACCCGGCUGGGCAGGGCGUGGAGAGGGGCAGAGGGGUGGUCAGGAUCCCCGUGGGKUCUGGAGAAACCUUCUACAGGAUCUCCAGCUCGGACGGGGUCUGYGAGUGGAAGAUCUUCUCGGCCGCGCCUGCCAAAGGCGCCGUGUCCAGGGAUUGCACGGUGGCCAAAGCCAAGAGCAAAGGGUUCCUGCAGGAAUGCUGCUGUGCGGGCAGCGCGGGGAGCCCGGCCCACGGCGACGGCGYGGGGACAACCAUCAAAAUCCACUCCAUCUCGCUGAGCGACAGCGGGGAGGACGUGUGAUGGGAUGGGCAGCGCGUGGGGCUCGUGGGAUGCGCUGUUUUCACGGGGAUCUGGGAGGAUCCGGGUGGGGAAAGGUGAAAUGGGCCGGGUUUUUCCAGGAGGGAUUUCUGAGAGUGGUGGGAGCAGGAAUUGAGCCCUUUGAGGACAGCGCGUGGCUCCAGAGGAUGCAAUUCCAAGGGCUCGGCGUCUGCCAGGUGUUCUCUUGACAUUUAAAGGUUUUAUCCCGGUGUUCCCCUCUCUCCCAGCUCCCACUGCUCUGGUUUAGGGGCGUUUUAGGACAGAGACAAAACCCCAAACACCCCGUGCUGAUUUCAGCACCGCCUGCAGAGCCAUGUGGUGGUUCCUCCCCAAAAAUCCAAACCUCAGCUGUGGGUUCGGAAACAUGAUCCCGGUGACUGCAUUCCCCGAGCUCCACAGAGCAAGGAGAACUUUCCCUUUUUGUGCAGCCAUCCUCCCCAACCCCACCCCAAACCCAACGAGACCCUGCACAUGCCCUCGGUUUGUUCGGGCGGUCUCUGCACCUCUGCGGGUCUAACAAAACCCAAAACUGGGGAAAUCCUUGUCCAACAAAGCUCUGAGAGCUCACUUGCACCCAUCCUUUUGUUUUCCUUCCUCUGAGCCCAGCAGGAGCCUGCUGAAAAGCUCAGGAAUUCCUUGCUCAGGUGCUCCAUAGCCAGAUCAGUGCCACAGCCACUGGAAAARCUGCAGAUUUUUCCCCGUCUUCCCGCCCAGUAUUUUUUGCUACAUUCCUUCCUCCGGCUCCUUCAAUCCCCGAGUGCUCCAAGAUUUCUGUGAGAUCCCGGGUACCCUGGAGCCAGGAACUUUCCCCUCGUUCCGAGCAGGGCGAGUUCAGCACGUUAAAAGGCUUAAGGACAUCCAUCCCCACGAGAAAGGGCCACCCCUUGGGAAUUUGGGAGCCAGGCAUUUGGAARGAUGUUAUAUUUUAAUACAGCUAAUCCGAAUAAAUAAAUAAAUGAGAUGGGCCAGCAUCUGGAAGGAAUAGUGGGAGGAAUUCUCUGUACAAUAUUAGAAAUGAGCAGCAGCUCUUGACAUAACUCCUCCCGAGGCUGCCAAGUAAAAAUUCGGCUCCUUGAAACAACACAUGAGCCUCUGCUCUCAUCUGUGUCAGCUGCUGAAAAUCCUGCCUUGAAGAGGGAAAGGGCUUGAGAUAAAAGUUCAUUUUCACAGGAGAAGGGCUUUGAAACAGCACUUUGGAGGUGCUGAUGGGAAAUUGUGGUUUAUUCAUCUCUCACUCAGGGUUAAGCCCUCRGUGUCCAGAGGAUUUUGGUUUCCUCUCUCUGUGAUUUGUGCCCUCGCAGAACACAAAUCCGCCGCACGAUCCCAUUUUUAGCCRAAGUCAGAAAUCCGCCUCACCCUUCAGGUUGUUCAGGCCUAGAAUUCGAAGCUGAAAGCGUGGAAACGCCACRUAGGAAAAUGUUCUCAUGGUGCUCCAAGCCAAGAGCAGAAGGAGAGAAGCUGGAAAUCUCAUAAGGAAAUCCCUUGGGACUCGUGGCCAAGGUUUGCACUCCCGCGGGGUUCGGAUCCGUGGGACGUUUGUUUGGAUAAAACCCAAAUUUUGAAACAUUUUGAAAAAAACACCCCUUAAAUUGAGACUGGCAGGGUUUAAAGCCUUCACUGCACAAACCUGUCUGAUUCUAMAACCAAUUCUUGAUUUAUAACCAAUAAGGUCCUUCGUGCCACCUCUCCUUGGAGAUGGGAGAUUUACACAGAGCUGCCACAGGAAUUUCGGAUUUAUUGAGGUUUUCACCGUGUCGGGCGAGAGGUUUUUGUGGAGGCUGCCACGACUGGAUUGAUUUAACUCCAGAGCAAUCCUGAUGCAGCAACAYGGCCUGACCCUGGAAAAUGAAGAUAAAUAACUCACAGAAUCACAGAAUCACAGGAUGAACGAGGYUGGAAGAGCCCUUCAAGAUCAUCAAAUCCAACCCACMACCCAACACCUCCWCAUCAACCAAACCAC